AUGAUCAGCAGCGUAACAUUUAGUUUCGCCAUGGACGACAACGUAUCGUUGAAAUCAGCAUCGAUUAAUCUGGACACUACAAAGGAUAAUAUGCUAGAUCUUUCAAUCACAUCAAAUCCAAUCACGGAUGAGAAGGCUGCUAUGGAAAAAACUGCAAGGAAUGCCUCCCGAGCGAGUACGCGAACAGAUUCACCCCCUCAUGACUUUCCUCCUCCACCACCUCCUCUUGCUCUCGCAGCUUCGAGUCGUCCAGCUCUUCCACUGCCACCACCACCACCACCACCGCCGCCACCACCACCACUACCUGACAGUCGUCCUCAGCUUACCCGUCAACCAUCAAUCCCUACAAUAUCUUCUGAUGCGUCCCGUUCCUCAUCUAAAGUAGUUCAAGAGACUUCAUCUCACACAUCGUUAGCCACAUCGUCGGAAAAAGCACGUUCACCCAAGCUUUUGCGAAAUGGUGGGUCAUGUGUGCAGUGCGACCAGCCUUAUCCUCAAGUUGCGUUGUAA